UUUUCCUUGUUUAGAUUGGGAGGGUGAUUGGUUAUGAUGCUUUAUUACAGUUAAUAUAAUUGCUUUAUUUAACUGAAAUCUCUUGACAAAUCUGAAAAUGAGAUGAGGGUUGCAGAGAAAAGCAAAAGCUUGAUUCAAUGGUCAUGGUGCUUAUCCUCUCUUGCAAUGAUUCAAGAAUUUUCCCCAGUGAACUAGAGAUGCUCUCAAGUCACUGAACUUUAUGCAAAGCAUGUCAUCCAACCUAUUGAUAAAUGUGCAACAUGAAGGACACCAGAUUCUUGUCAAAGGAAGGACAUCCACCACAUGUUCAGGGAAAUCUUUCAAACAUCACCUUCAUUCGGCCCUUAGCCACAUUCACCCUCAUUGCUACACAUUUUGCUCGAUCUUUCGACCGUGGUAGCUCAACUUGCUUGGUCAUUCGACCGUUGCAACAUAAGUACAAGCACAAGCACCAGCACAAGCACAAGCACCAGCACAAGCACAAGCACAAGCACAAGCACAAGCACAAGCACAAGCACAAACACAAACUUGCUCGCCUUGCACCUACGCCCCUGCUCCCUGCUCUGCGCUUUCCCCUUUGCGCUCCUGCGCCCCUGCUGCACCGAGCCUGCACCCCGAUCACACCCAGAUUUCCUUUCUCUGCGCCCCCUGCUGCACCGAGCCUGCGCCCCUGCGCCCCUGCACUUGAUCCUGCACUCCUGCCUCUGCCAAAAAGCCGGAUCCUCUGCUGCACCAGAUCCCCUUGCCGCCUGCUGCGCCGAACCCACGUUGCUUGCACGCCUGCACUCUGUGCCAGCAUCAUGACCCUGCACCGAGCCUUGCUGCACCCCUGCUGCUCUGCCUCUGCACGCUACAGCAGCUCCAGACAAAUUGGCAUUAUUAUUGAUUGACAGAGCAAGGCCCCUUUUUUAUUGUUUUUAUCAUUAUUUUUAGCUUUUAUUGGGGUAUAUAUAUAUAGAGAGAAAUCAGAAUGAAGGGGGGGAUUUUUUGGGGUUGAUUUCGGGUCUGUUGCUGGGGAGUGUUUUUGGAGUUUGAUUUUGGGGACUUUGCUGGUUGAUUUUCGGGUUCCUCCUGGAGCUGAAGGAGGUCUUUUGUUGUGUGGUUCUGGUGUUGACGGCGGGGAGGUCUUUGUUUUUUUUGGUGAGUUUGGUGUUGACGGCGGAGAAAAGGAAAAUUUGCUCUGCUGGAAGAAUUGAGUCUGCUUUGUGUAGGUAAUUUCUUUGAACAGUGGUGAAGGGGACGAUGGGAGCCUGGUCCCGUGGGUGGGAUCCCUCCCAUCAGAUCUGGAUCUGCUUUUCCUAGAAGAAUUCCGCCGUGCGUGUUGCUUUGUUUGUUGAUUUCUUUCUCUUUGUAUUUUUCAUUUAAUGUUCAAGAUCGUAUGUAUUUCUUGAGAAAUGAAUGAAAGAUCAUAUAUUUGCCUGUUUAUUUGCUUGAUGA